UUGUUGUUAUUGUUCCUGCUGGUAUCGCGAUCUCGCGCUGACAGUUUACCUUCCGUACACACACACACACCUGGAUCCUGUACGUAGGCGAAAAGAGGCUACCUAUAUAUGGGUUUCCUGCUUGCUUCUGUAUAGCAAAACACCGUACACUCCUAUCCGCCAUGUUUACCAGACGACAGCAGCAGUCCUUUUAAGUUCCAAACAAAGUAGAAAACCGCUACCCGUCGAACCGAGCCCUACUUGUGUUGAUAGCGAAACUCUGCAAAACGCUCUUUCGUGUACCGGGACGAACGUACACAAAAUGCAGCUUCAAACUCGCUCACCUCCAUUCCGUCCUUGCUGAGCUACUGCUGCGCCAUCAUCAACAGCCGAGCGUCAUCGUAAUUUGCAUCCCCGUGCGCCAAUCGAUCGUGAAAGUGUAACCAACAACAAGGGAAAAGCCGAAGGAAAACAGGCUCGGAUCCGUAGUAACCGCCGCAAUCGUUGCUGUGUCGAGUGAGUCAAGUCCAACCAAACCCGUUCAUCCAAGUAUGCUCUCGAGAACAACAAUCACGACAGCUGCGAGAACGUAGAGCAUCGUCCGAUCUUGUCGUAGAGUUGGAGUAGCUAAAAAGCGGACUCGUGCGAUUCCGCUGGAUACAACAGCAUUCCGGAGCACCUGCAGCAACAAGAUGAAUCUACAGAACGGUAAUAGCAACCGGGGUCUCCAGGGAAAGGAUACAGCGAAACGAUUCUCCAUACACGAUGCAUUCGAGGAAGAAACGGACGAAGUUAUAAAGGUGUACGGCUCGACCGUCAUCAGUACACCGAUGCGAGCAAAAGCCCGCUCGCCGGACGAUGUGUCGAUAAGAAUUCACGACCAAAGUAAUAGAGCCCAUCUAAAAUACACCGAUGAUACCACCUCCAGGGACAGUGAUUCGCUGAUACAAGAGUAUGGUCACCUAUCGUCGAGCGAAUCGUACACCUACUGCUGGCGGCAUCCAAAGGUGCGAGAAAACUGGCGCACAGUGCUGGCCGCUAUUGCACUGCUGAUCAUCGGUACCGGCCUGAUUGCGAUGGGUGCGUACGCCCUGGUGGAACCACACAACGGAUCACAGGCAGCGGUGUUUUUCGUGGCGGGCUUCAUCUGUUUUGUGCCGGGUGCGUACCACGUCGUGUACAUCUGGUUGGCGGCCCGAGGCUAUCGAGGAUUUGACUUCUAUCACUUACCACUCUUCACGUAAGUGUAUGGAAUGGUCCUCUGGCGUGAAGCAAGUAGGGAGAUAAGCUAGCAAGAGAUUGGACAGUGCUGUGAGUACGAGGUAUAUGGUGGUCUCAAUCGGCAACAAGACUUGAAAUAGUUGAUGGAUACAAUAUGCAUUGCUCUUGGGCUAGAGGGAAGAACCCAUAGACAGUAGUAGAAACGAGCUUGAAAUGGUCGAUUCUAGCCGACGGCUUAGGUAAACAGUUUUUUUUUACUAUUUGCUAUUUACUACAUUUCCAUAUAGAGCUCACAUGGAAUUUGCAUCGUACGGGAAGCUUUUUUCAUACAAAAAUUUACACACCUUUAAACACACACGACCACUCACGCUCAAGUAGCGCGUGCGAAAACAAAUUGAAAGUGUCGCCACAUGUCGCUACACAGAUUUGCUCUGUGAUCCCGCAUGCACCGUCCGAUGCUGCUACGAGCGUCUUCCACGUAAUCACUACUCAAACGAACACGUUUCUCUGCUAUGCUAAUAUAUAGGGAAAGUAUAAAUUAUUCAAACGUAUAGCAAUCUUAAACGGUUGCACGACUGGUCUACCAGCGCUGCGUGUAAUGUAUCACAAUAUUCUUUUCCACUCGUCUUUCUGCUCCCCUAAAAGGACGAUUCCUAUUGCCAGUUUCCGGUUUGCAUUAUGUGCCAUUCUCGUCAUGCUUUAUUUCCCGAGAGGAAAUAUUUUGCCUGACCAUGAUGAUGAUUCAAUUAAAAUAGUCCUUUGCUUUGCAUACGCUACCAAGCGCGCUGAGCGUGUCAUAUUUCACCAAUUGCGAAAACCUUUUACAAAUAGAGCAAACUCUAACACUACGACUUCAGCGAAAGUGGGGAUGAAACACUGUCCAUUGUUCAAGUGUUGAAAACUGAACACUACUAGCUCAUACCGCUACUUAUUAUUAGUAAGCAUAUGAAAGUGCUUAUACCGGAGAGGGUUCGAGGUGGUGGCGGCAGCUUAUAGCUUUAGCAUUUGCACAGGGACGACCUGGCUUAGGGGCUCAACUAGACACAAACGUGUAAGAAGUGUAAGCAAAUUCGGAACCAAUUUUUCUAUCGAAACAAUCACUUGGCAAACACAGGAAGCUAAAACGGAAAAACAAAACGAUAGCAUAUACAACAUAAAAAAAAAACAUAAAAGCUCUCUUUAAAAAAUGCUAAACGCGCAAUCGAUUGAUAGUUAGAUUACGGCUUCAGCUGCAUUGAUAGACACUCUCAAUCGGGCCAGUUCAUCACAAUGUACCAGGUAUUCUGGUGGUUUGGUGGCUUACUAGCUUAAUAAUAGAACUAAACGCGUUUAUGUUUAUUGAUCAAAACACCCGCUUAACACAAUAACCCGCAGCAUCGGGCAUCGGAGAGGAGACAAUUUGAUUCGUAACCGUCAACUACUACUACUUGUGAUAAACUAGUGGAAAGAAUGAUACACGAAAAGUCAGAAAGAGAGUGAGAGAGGGGAAACAUAAUAAUUAGAAUCGAAAAACGAGGAAAAACUGGCGAUUAUAACAAAGAGAGGGAAAGAAAUAGGGAGGGUAUUAUUGUGGUGUUGCGUUUACUAUAUCCCGUCUCGCCGGCAUCCUGUUUAUAUGUAUAUUUAACACAACCAUUUACGUUUUUCCCUUAACCUAUCUGCUAGCAUUUGAAGGCGUAAAUGUUAUGCUUUACGUUACUGUGAAAAGGAAACUUCGUACUAGAGGAGAUCGGCUUUACUUUAGAAACAUAUACUUAUACAAGCCCCGAAGUGACGAUGUGACAUACAUUGUAGGCAAGUUAAUGAUCAGUUCGGUUGAGCUAUCGAUAGAAAAAGGAAUCAAAAUUAACGCAAACCCCAAAAACACCGUGCGUAAAAUGAGCUUUAAAUUUCCCCCCAUUAUUGGCUAGCCACAGCAAAGAGAGAGAGAGAGAGCAAAAACAAAAAUGGUAGACGACAACGUUAGAAUCGUUUAAAUUAAAAUUUUUGGGAAUACAAUAAGCAAUUGGGUAUUGCUUCCGGGUGGGACUUGAACAAGUAAUACUGCGGGUAGAAAAACAAGAGACAAUUUUUAUGCGUACACUUUACAUGCACGAUAAAAUCAGAAAUAAAUUUAUAACAACAAAAAGAGGACACUAGAAGAACGUUCGUUACGGUGGUGUGUAGUGUAAAAGCGACAUAUAAACCCGAUUGGAAUACUCACGCAGCGAUAGUAAUACACAUAAAAAAUCACACACACACACACCCUUUAUACGACACUUUCCUCAAUCACAGUAUAUAAAUGAUAGAGCUAGAGAGCAAACAACCAACAUUGGCUGGCGCAUGUUAUUCAUAUUCAUCUAAAGUUAAGCUUAAAUUUCAUGGUAAAACAACAACCCGGGUUCGCUGAUAAUACCAUCGGCAGGCUUUGUAAACAUGAGAUAGUGUGCGCCCUAGAGCUGCGGUGUAUUUAAAUGACUAUUGUAUUAUUAGUACUUUGAAUAAACAGUUUUUUUUAAAAAGGA